AUGAGACCCAUCAAGCGAUCACAGCCUACCAGCGACGCAAGUCCGCCAUGGGCAGGCAUGAAAUUUACUCAGCCAGUUGACUCAGAUGCCCUACACGAGCUCCUGAAAGAAAAGUACCCACAGUGCAAGACUUUGCGGCAGCGCAAACAUAUGGCCGCCAUAGAUUUCCUGAGGCUCGAACUGGAGUCGAUGCAACAUGAAUCAACAGAGUCGACAACAGGAACAUCAUAUGAGACCCAGGCACUAUCAGCACUUGAUGCUUCUAGGCCAGGUGUCGAAGAACUGGCGGCGCUUACGCAUCGAAGAAGCGUCUCACCUUCGCUGUCACGGAGCAGCUCGUAUCGCUCUCCUGUACACUUAGAUGACCAUAUACCACAGAUCGGGGUUGGCCAACAACACGUAUUCAGUAUUGUGGAUGGAUUUGCAACGCAGCCGAAAAAGAAGCGCAAGAUGACGCCUGCCGAACGAUCUGCUUACAAGACUACGAGAAAGGUCGGUGCUUGUGACAAGUGCAAGCGACAAAAGGGCAAGGUAUGA